AUGCUGGAGCUGUUAACCAUGUUUCGUCCUUUUGGGAAAUGGCAAGUUCUUCUGGCUAUCUGCCUCUUUGAUCUGGCCUUCAUAUUUGUACAAAUCUCUAAUAUGGACCUGGGCGGUUCCCAGGAGCGCCGGCUGAGAGAAGUCCUGGUUCAGCAAGCAGAAGUCGUCGAGAGUAUCCGUGAAACAACUCAGAUCUUGGAGUCCUUAUACAAGGCUGCUUUAGGGAGGGCGGAAACUCUGGAGUCGCUAGAAAAAGGCAUGGAUGAGCUGGAGAGACAGAUCUUAAGAAUCAAGGAACACACGAUAGGGGUCAAUGUGACAUUUUUGUGA